CACGAAUGGUUAAUCUCGUUCGCAUCGUCUUCCGUCCAUUUUCUGGGAGGUGAACCUUCUCGCGGCAUCUUAUUUACCGUUGCUGUCGUUACACUUUGACAACGAAGGAUGUCAGGAGGUUUAGGCGUGCUUUCACUUAAAGACGAUGAUGUUUCGAAAUUUUUGGCAUCAAGUACCCAUAUUGGGUCAAAUAAUCUCGAUUUUCAAAUGGAACAGUAUGUGUUCAAAAGAAGAGCAGAUGGUGUUUAUUUGAUUAAUUUGAAGAAAACUUGGGAAAAACUAUUGUUGGCUGCUCGGGCAAUUGUGGCCAUUGAAAAUCCCGCAGACGUCUGUGUUAUUUCCGCUCGACCGUACGGUCAGCGCGCCGUAUUGAAAUUUGCCGCUGCAACUGGAGCCACUCCUAUUGCUGGCCGUUUCACUCCAGGAACAUUUACCAAUCAGAUUCAGGCUGCAUUUAGAGAACCUAGGCUUCUCGUAGUAACCGAUCCUCGCAUAGAUCAUCAGCCUUUGACUGAAGCAUCUUAUGUCAAUAUUCCAGUCAUUGCAUUCUGUAACACAGAUUCUCCACUUAGAUACGUAGAUAUUGCCAUACCAUGCAACACCAAGGGUAUACACUCAAUUGGUUUAAUGUGGUGGAUGCUUGCUAGACAAGUAUUGAGACUAAGAGGAACUGUGAGCUAUGAGACCAAAUGGGAUGUCAUGGUGGAUUUAUACUUUUACCGUGAUCCCGAAGAAGCCGAAAAGGAGGAACAGGCUCAAGUACAGGCCGAUAUAAAACCAUUUAAAGAUCCUUCAGAAUUUUCAGACCAGUGGGGUGCUGCAGAUGUUGCUCCACAACCAGCAGAAGUAACUGAUUGGUCUACCGAACCUGCCGCUCCAGCCCCAGCUCCUGUUACAAACUUCCCUCCAGGAGAAGAUUGGUCGGUACAAGAGACACCGUCCGACUGGGCCAAUCAACCAGCCAGUAGCGAUUGGGGUGCAGCCGCCGCAGACGGCGAACCCCAAAAAGGAGGACAAAUUAAUGUCCGGCUCGAGAUGCCGCCGGAUGGAGGACAGAACACUCAAAAGCCAGACGUCUGGCCACCCUAUUAAAUACGAGGCCGGCCAACAGAGCUACGACGAGCAUUGUCAUCAUCGUGGAAACAGUGAUGUUUAAAAAUGCAUCUAUUGCACACUUGCUAUAACAAGAAUUGAUUACUUUAAAUUGAUAAAAAUUAAGUUUUAUUGGCCAAAUUUCAAGGUCGAUAAGAACAAAAAAGACUGCACGAAAAUGCCUAUUCACCCAAAGAUAAUAACUAUAAGAAAAACUAUGAUUACUUAAUGUAAACAGAGUUCUAGUGUACAUAAUUUAUUUUAAAUAAUAAUGCUUAAAAACAAACUGCUACCAAUUGUCCACCUUGGAAACAAAUUGACGUCAUCUAUAUAACUUUCUUAAAUUAACUAUUGUUUUUUUUUACAGAACAUGAAAUUGCCUGUCUAGUGCAGUGUUUCCAUGUUCCUAUGUGUCCUUAUCAUUAAAAAUCAGUUUUUAGUGUGAAAUUUUAAUUCUACAUUAA